CUUUGAUUCAAUUUCAUUUGUGGUACACCGACCACUGUCUGCGAUACCGACGCAAGACUAGAAUUGAAGUUCGAAUGUUGUUUACAUGUGUACCUGUUCACAAGUAUCAAAGUUACAGUAAUGCAUUGUAAUGAAUUUACGCUAAACAUUAAUGCUCAAGUCUAGGAUUUAACUUAAUGGCGAUGGCAGCUGGAGAUCCGGCACAGAAAAUGAGUCUUCCUAGAGCAAGAGAAGAAUUUAUGAAUAUCAUACGAAAUAUUGACGAUCCUGAAACAACCAAAAAUUUUCUCUCUUGGAUAAAGUGGAAUUGGCUGAAUUCAACUAAGACAGAAGAUGAAUCAGACGAUUUGCUCAAAACUAUAGCCGAUGACAUCAAGGAAGUUCUUCCUCCAGAUGCAGUCUUGCCUUCGGAAAACAUAAGUACUCCUCUUGUUGGUGAGAAUGCAGACUGUGAUCCAAGACACACACUGCAUGUGGAUGCAUUUUUGUACGAUGAUGAGCAAGUAGAUGACAUGUGUGAAGAUGGUCGGCUGGACAGAAACUACUGCCUGCAGUGUGGUUCACACAAGACAAGGCCUCUGACCUUCAUAUCUCACUCGGCAUCACGGGAGCGGCUGCGCUACAUCUUCAGAGCCCUGUUGCCACCGUUAGAGCGUGAGGGGACAGUGAUCCUAGACGUGGGCUCGAGGCUGGGGGCCGUGCUGUAUGCGGCGUACAUAUACACGAAGGCUACCAAGAUCUUUGGAGUGGAAAUAAAUAAAGACUUCUGUAAUCUACAACGUGAUAUUAUCAAGAAAUAUAAUUUCCAGGACAGAGUGGUGGUACUGGAAGGCGACGUGACUAAUGCGGCAGAUGUGAUCCGGGCGGCGGACGUGAUCGUGAUGAACAACGUGUUCGAGUUCUUCAUGCCAGCGGAGAAGCAGGUGGCGGUGUGGCGGCUCCUGCGUGCGGCGGCACGGCCGGGCGCUCUUCUGGUGACAGUUCCCGCACUUGAGGCAGCCUUCGCCCACCUACAGACGGGCAUCGACCUGACAUCGUGGGUGCGACCAGUGCCACCGCAUGACCCCGAGGCACCUGGCUUAGUGGACAUAGCAGAGGAGGCAGAGCAUGUGCGGCUGUACGAGGUGAUGUAGUGCCUGGCAGAGGGGGCCUGCACUUGCACGCCAGGACGAUCUUCUGUGUUGACAGUCAGUGGCCACAGCAGCAUGUGCGGCAAAUUGGUGGCACCACAACACGCCACAUGACUAGUUCGGCAUGGUGCGAGACAUUGGGCGGUGGCAGUCGGUAUGUGUACCGGCCUCUGAAGGUGGCAUCAGUGUCACUAAAUACUCAUUCUCCUAUGCAUGUGUCAGAUGUAAGUGGUAUAAUUUGUGUGUGUGUGUGUGUCUGUGUGUGUGGGCGCGCGCGCGUGCGCGCUACCAUGUAAACUAACAGUGUGUAUCGAUCCUCAUGAGAAUAUGCAGUAACGAAGUGUGGCUGUUUGGUCCAGGUGAGCCUGUGUGGGGAGACAGUGAACACUCACCUCAUUGGACAGACUCAAUUUUUGUCUCUGUAGAAAAUCAGGAAUAUUUGAUCUAUUAAAUGUCUUCCUAACUGAA